AUGGCUUCUGUUUUUUGUGUUUUACGAGCCACCCUGAUGGCGAUUCUCCUGCCGGCUGGAGUCAUAGUUCUGUUUUUAAUGUACCAUAAGUCAUUUCCAUCUCCAAAAUGCCAUCCUCCACCGGCUCAUUUAGGGCGGCUGAAAAAGCCAGCUAAUUCUCCCGGCACGUCAAAACAGCCGGACAAGCCUGUAUUGCUGCUGUGGCUCUGGCCUGAAAACAAAAGGUUUGAUUUUCAAGACUGUGAGACGCUUUUCAACACUGACAGCUGCCACCUCACAGAUGACAGAUCUUUAUACUCCAGAGCUCAUGGCGUUUUGGUGUUUCACAGAGCUAUCCGGGAUGAUCUCUCCAACCUCCCCGCCGCGCCUAGAGCCAGAUUUCAGAGGUGGAUCUGGUUCAACACGGACUCGCCUACCAACACGCGCAGGAUAGCAGGCAUUCAAGGCCUCUUUAAUUUAACCUUGAGCUACAGGAAAGACGCAGACAUCCACGUCCGCUGGCGACUGACUCUCAAGAAGAACACAGAUGAAGAUUUCAUGCUUCCCAAGAAGGAACGAUUGCUUUGUUGGAUUGUGGGUAGCGAUGACCUCCUCACAAAAUCAGGGGAGAGAUACAACUACUACAGAGAACUUGUGAAACACAUCAAGGUGGAUGUUUUUUCCUCUGCCGAGUUCUCGAAAGGUGACGACUAUUUCAUGACUCUCAGCAGCUGCAAAUUCUACCUUUCCUUUGAGAAUUCCAUUCACAGAGAUUAUGUCACCGAAACGUUCAAUGGACCUCUCGCGGCCGGCACCGUGCCGAUAGUUUUGGGCCCACCGAGAAGGAACUAUGAGGAAUUUGCCCCAGGUACUUCCUUCAUACAUGUAAAUGACUUCCCUGAUGCCGCGACACUGGCUGAGUUCCUCCUGCAGCUGGAUAAGGAUAAUGAGGCUUAUAUGAGAUACUUUAAUUGGCGGCGAUUCUAUACCGCCAGACGUCAUCUCACUGAGGAGAAUCAUGAGUUUGCACAUGCUAUCUGCCAGGCCUGUCGACACGUGGGCAUGAACAAGGCGUACAGAGUUGUACCUGAUCUGUACAAGUGGUUCUUACAGUGAUGCCAUUAUUGAUCUGCUGUUCAAAUCAUGCUAUACAGAUAAAUAUUCUUUUAUUGUGUAUAAAAACAAUUCAGCUUUUGGCUCAACACAAGUAGGCUACAUGUACAUAUCAAAGCAGUAAAAGCUGCAUGGGACUUCUUUGAAGUUGCUGGGAGUUUUAUCAUCCCGAUCCAGUGAUAAGAUUAGAGUUUUAUGCACCAAACUCCGAGAAAAGUAGAGGCUUUUCUGUUGCACUGCUUUUAUGAAACCAAAUGUUGGUCAUAUUUUGCACUGCACUCCACUGUCAUGUUAUUUUAUUCAAUGUAAGCUUUUUUUAAUAUCCUUUAUAUUAAUUUAUUCUUUUAAAAUCCGAUUUAUAAAGAAUGGCCUUAAGCAUUUGAUUAUGUACAGUAUGUAUGUGCAUAUAGGUGUAUAUAAUGUUGGGUCUAUAUUUAUUUAUGUAUGUAUAUAUUUUUCUUGGUCAAUUAAAUGGUUGUGGCUAGAAGGGAGCCAGCAAAUUGG